AUGCCUAUGCAUGGACUAAUGGACUUCCGACUAGCUUCGUGGAAUGUGCGCUCUCUCUAUAGACCUGGCGCCGUAUACCAAGUCAAAAAUGAGCUGCAGAGAUAUAACAUUGGGGUAGCAGCCCUCCAGGAAGUUCGGUGGCUGGGUACGGGAGAAUGUAGUGUAGAUAAUGAAGUUGUACUAUUUUACUGCGGUCCUGACAACGGACAACAUAGAAAAGGAGUUGGAUUUAUGGUUUCAAAGAAGGUGAUGGGGAACGUGAUCCGAUUUGAUGCCAUUUCAGAUAGACUAUGUGUACUUCGGGUCAAAUCAAAGCUUUUUAACAUCUCAAUACUAAAUGCAUACGCACCAACUGAAUUAGCGGAGGACAUUGCAAAGGACGAAUUUUACGAACAACUUGAAAUGGUAUACGAGCAAAUACCGAGCUUUGAUGUUAAGAUAGUGUUAGGUGAUUUCAAUGCGAAAGUGGGACGAGAGGAUAUCUUUAUACCGACAAUAGGAAGACACAGCAAGCACGACAUAUCCAACGACAAUGGUCUGAGACUCAUCAGCUUUGCUGCGUCUAAAGCUAUGGUGAUUAAAAGUACUAUGUACCCGCAUAAGGAUAUCUUCAAAGGUACUUGGAAGUCCCCGGAUGGCGUAACAAUCAACCAAAUUGACCAUGUCCUUAUUGAUGACCGCCAUAAAAGUUCAAUUCAGAAUGUUCGAGCAUUCAGAGGGGCCGAUUGUGAUAGCGAUCAUUAUCUGCUAGGCGUAAAGGUGAAGGCGAAAAUUAAAGUAAACGGCAAAUUUAAACGACAUAGCAAACCUCAAAUAAACACGGACAGCCUUAAAGAUAAAGUAAUUGCAGAAAAAUUUGAAUUUGAAUUAAGAAGUAGAUUUCAAGGUCUACCACUAGGUGAUAACGUAGACGAGCACUGGGAGAGCAUCAGAGAUAAUGUAAAGGAGGUGGCAUUUAAGGUACUUGGGCGGAAGAAAAAGAAGAAAAGGAAGAAGUGGUGGAAUAAUGAGUGUGAACGUUUAGUCAAUGAAAGAAGGAGAUAUAAAGUACUAGCAGAACAAGAUUCUCGCUGGAACGCCAAAUAUAUGGAAAUCAAAACCAGAGCCAGAACAGCUGUAAAGAAUGCGAAGCGUCAACACCUAAAUAGAUUGGUGCAGGAAAUGGACACGCUCAUAAGAACGAACUUCACUAGAAACUUCUAUCAGGAGGUGCGAUCUUUUAAAAAAGGAUACCAGCCCACCGCCCAAGUGCUGGAAGAUGAAACUGGCACGCUAGUAACUGAUAGCGACGAGAUCAAAAAAAUGUGGCAUGACUACUUUCAGCAGCUCCUUAACUGCCCCGCACUAGGCCAAUCAGUUCCAUGCACUGCCAGCUGUAACGAGGAAGAAACAGAACCUCUUACAUUUGAAGAAAUCCGUACGGCAGUGAUGUCCUUAAAAAACAAUAAGGCUCCAGGGGUGGAUGGCCUUCCAUCAGAAGUGUGGAAAUAUGGUGGGAGCGCAAUACAGAGCCAAUUGUAUGUACUCCUGCGCGAAAUCUGGGAUGGAGAACAGCAACCAGGGCAAUGGAAUAUAGGAGUCUUAUGCCCCGUCCAUAAAAAGGGUUGUAAGAGGAAGUGCACGAACUACCGCGGAAUUGCCUUGCUGCCGACUGCGUACAAAGUUUUGUCAUACGUGCUACUCAGGAGAUUGGAACCGUAUGCGGAGAAAAUCUUAGGAGACUACCAGUGCGGCUUUCGACGAAACCGUAGCACCGUUGACCAAAUCUUUCUUCUGAAGCAGUUGAGAAAAAGUGGGAGUAUGCUCAGAGUAUUCACUCAGUGUUCGUGGAUUUUUCUAAAGCGUACGACAGUAUUGACCGGAACAGUCUUUUUAACAUUUUAA